AUGAAUGAAUUAAAGUUCGGAAGAAAUGCUUUAAGGCAAGAAAGUAGGGAAAAUAAAAAAGAAAAUAGGGAAGAGAUUGUUGAAACUUCAAGUAAUGAAUCCUAUGUUAACACAUUAGAGAUUGACAAAGAAACUACUGUGAAAUAUAAUAGACCAAAAGUGAACGGACAUAAUACUACUAAUAAUAAACUGAAAUAUGAAGAUAGUAAAACGUCAAAAUCUGCAAACAGAAUAAAAAAUAAAUCAAAAUUGCAUAAAGGUAGCAAAGAAAAUACUUGGAGAGACUUUUCAGAUAAGGAAAAAUUAUCGAAAAUGGACGCAUCGAAUAUUCUGGACAAUAUACUAAACCUAGUUUUAAGAAAAUCAUUAGUAUCACUAGGUUCCGGAAAUGAGUGCAAACCAGGAAGCACGACGCGAGUUGGAUGCAAUAAUUGUUUUUGUUUAACAAAUGCACUUAAAGAAAAAUUGUAUAGCGAGAGAUGUAAGAAGAAUUCAGUAGUUUUAAAUGAUUGUAAUUGGUGUUGGUGUGACCAAAAUCAGCGGUAUCAGUGUAAAGCACGCGUUUGUGAAGAAGUUGAUAUGUUUGGGCACUUUAAAGAUGCCAUUCAAGAGAUAAACGUUGGAAUGGAGGGGCAUGGUUCGUGGCGGUCUAGACCAACAUCUUGCUCACCAGGAGUGCACUAUCGACGAGGAGGUGUGCUGUGUGUCUGCGACGAAGACGGUAACUGGCCCAAUCCAGUCUGUAGAGACCUUUUCAGGGUGCUUCAUUCAGUUGAACUUACAGAAAUAACAAAAAUAUCUCACAACGAUACAUGUGCUCCGAAUAAACUGCAUCUUGUUGGUUGCAACGUAUGCUUUUGUCCAUCUACUGGUAUUUUAGAUCCAAACUUGUGUACUAAGAGAGAUUGUGAUGAUGGCGAUCCUGUUUUGGAAGCGAUAGAUGACAAUAAGCAAGUAACAGAUGCCUCAAAGUUGAAGGACUUAGAAAUAUAUGUAACGUGUAAUCCGCAGUCUAAAUAUAAAAUCGGAUGCAUGAAUUGCAUUUGUAUUGGUAAUAACAGACUGCUUUGCGAUAAUAGUACGUCUAAAAGCAAGCUAUCUUCUAACGUUUUGAAGAAAGGUAAUUCUAAAAGUUAUUGCAGAGGAAAAAAACCACAUAAAAUAUUUAAAAUCGGUUGUAAUUCGUGUCAUUGUGAUGAAGAUUCAUCCUUACUGUGUACAGCAAGGAAAUGCCUUACGCCACAAAGUAAUGUUAACUUUCUAUCUGGGCACAGUUUAAAAUUUAAUGGAAAACUUAAAAAAGUCAAAGCACCACCCGACGACCAAAGCUGCAUAUCUGGUACUAGAUACCAAAAAGGUUGUAACACUUGUGUCUGUGUUAAACUCAAAAAUAAUAUAAAAGUUGUUGACUGUACUCUCAACAAAUGCAAGAAAACCCAAAGAAAUCCAAUUGAUGAUCAAAAAGAAGAUUGUCUUGAAAAAUCGUACUACGAGUUAGAUUGUAAGCUUUGCUAUUGUUACAAAAAAAAUGGUGUAAAGCACCAGGCAUGUCAGAUACAACAAGGCUGUUUUAGAAACCCUGUGGACAGCGAAAAGACGUUAAAGGAAACCCGAUUACAAUCUGUCGACGAACUACAUGGUUACUGCGAGCCUUUACAUAGGUACAAGAAUAAUUGUAACAUAUGUCGUUGCUUAUCCGAUGGUAAAACACUCAUGUGUGGAUCAAGAGUUUGUAUAAAAAGAUCGUCAGAAAAUCUGAUGGUAGAUAUAGUACCAGUGAUUAUGAAAAAUAACGAAAUUUGUCCAAAAGGACAUUCUUACAAAUUGGAUUGUAAUUUAUGCUUUUGUUUGUCAAAUGGUAAUGCUAUUUGUACAACUAAUGAUUGUUCUGAACUAUAA